AUAAACCAAGAAUCCGAAGAAAAAAACACGCUUUUCACGUUUAGCAGUGUGAAGAGUGAUUGAGGUGGAGUAGGAGGAGGAGGGGCCUCGAGGACUCUCUUCUGCCCCACUUCGCUUUCGCACUCGCACAUCAACUCAGCAACUCAGCAACUCAGUCUCAACAAAAAAACAUCUUGUCAUCGACAUCCAUCCCUCGCUCGCACUUUCUCUCUCUCUCUCUCUCUCUCUCUCUCUCUCUCUCUCUCUCGCUUUAGGAGAGAGACAUUUGUUUCCAGUAGAAACUGAGGAUUGGAUUGGAGUCAUUGGUCUGCGGUGUGCUUGCUUAGGGCAAUUUUUGACCUACGACGACUAACUAGACUACUGAAAUAGCAAUAGCAGUAGCACUACUAGAAGAAAGAAGGAAAUUGUUGCGGUUGCGGUUGCUGGUUUGUUUUUGAUUUGAUACCCAAGAAAGAAACUAGAUAAAUGAACCAUGUCGAUACCAAAGGAGCCGGAGCAGGUAAUGAAACUAAGAGGAGGAUCAGUGCUGGGCAAGAAGACCAUUCUCAAGAGCGACCACUUCCCAGGCUGCCAGAACAAACGCUUGUAUCCCCACAUCGAUGGUGCUCCCAAUUACCGUCAGGCCGAUUUGCUACAUGUUCAUGGUGUUGCCAUUCCAACAAUCGAUGGAAUCCAGAAUGUUCUUAACCAUAUUGGAGCUCAAGAAAUUGAUGGCAAGCGAGCACAAGUUCUUUGGAUUAACCUUCGCGAGGAGCCGGUGGUCUAUAUUAAUGGUCGCCCUUUUGUUUUGCGUGAUGUGGAGAGGCCCUUUUCCAACCUUGAAUAUACGGGAAUUAACAGGGCUAGGGUUGAACAAAUGGAAGCCCGGUUAAAGGAAGAUAUUUUAACUGAAGCUGCAAGAUAUGGAAAUAAGAUCCUUGUCACUGAUGAACUGCCAGAUGGUCAGAUGGUGGAUCAAUGGGAACCAGUGUCACGUGAAUCUGUGAAGACACCACUAGAGGUUUACGAGGAAUUGCAAGAACAAGGAUACCUUGUUGACUAUGAACGUGUUCCUAUAACUGACGAAAAGUCACCUAAGGAGCUGGAUUUCGAUAUUUUGGUUCAUAAAAUUUCUCAAGCUGACAUAAAUGCAGAAAUAAUUUUUAACUGUCAAAUGGGACGUGGGCGAACUACAACAGGAAUGGUGAUUGCAACUUUGAUAUACCUCAACCGUACAGGAGCUUCCGGUAUUCCAAGAACCAAUUCAAUUGGAAAAAUUUCUGAAUCCAGUGAAAUUGUUGGUGACAAUUUUCCAAGCUCAGAAGAUGCGAUUCGUAGAGGUGAAUAUGCUGUCAUAAGAAGCUUGAUUCGGGUAUUAGAGGGUGGUGUUGAAGGCAAGAGACAAGUGGAUAAAGUCAUUGACAAGUGUGCCUCUAUGCAGAACUUACGUGAAGCAAUUGGUACUUAUCGCAAUAGUAUUAUGCGCCAGCCAGAUGAGAUGAAAAGGGAGGCAUCACUUUCAUUUUUCAUGGAGUAUUUGGAACGAUACUACUUCCUUAUAUGCUUUACCGUGUACAUUCAUUCAGAGGGAGCAGCCCUCCGUUCUAGUUCCUGUGAUUAUAGUAGUUUUGCUGAUUGGAUGAAAGCUAGGCCUGAACUGUAUAGUAUUAUUCGCAGGCUUCUGAGAAGAGAUCCAAUGGGUGCACUUGGAUAUGCAAGUUCGAAGCCAUCUUUAAAGAAGAUUGCUGAAUCUGCUGAUGGUCGGCCUUGUGAGAUGGGUGCAGUUGCUGCCUUGAGAAAGGGCGAGGUUCUUGGUAGUCAAACAGUUCUGAAAAGUGACCACUGUCCUGGUUGUCAAAACCAAAAUUUACCAGAAAGAGUGGAUGGUGCCCCUAAUUUCCGAGAGGUCCCUGGAUUUUCAGUUUAUGGAGUUGCAAAUCCAACAAUUGAUGGUAUACGGUCUGUCAUCCACAGGAUUGGUAGCUCCCCAGUUUUUUGGCAUAAUAUGAGAGAAGAACCUGUUAUUUAUAUCAACGGAAAACCAUUUGUACUUCGCGAGGUUGAAAGGCCUUACAAAAAUAUGCUCGAGUACACGGGUAUUGAUCGUGAGAGGGUGGAGAGGAUGGAAGCUCGGUUAAAAGAAGAUAUCUUGCGAGAAGCCGAUCAUUAUGGGGGUGCCAUAAUGGUUAUUCAUGAAACAGAUGAUGGGCAAAUAUUUGAUGCUUGGGAGCAUGUAAAUUCUGAGGCUAUUCAGACCCCGCUAGAGGUUUUUAAAGGUUUGGAGGAAGAUGGUUUUCCUAUCAAGUAUGCUCGUGUACCCAUAACGGAUGGUAAAGCUCCCAAAAGUUCUGACUUUGACACAUUGGCUAUUAAUAUUGCUUCUGCUUCCAAGGACACUGCUUUUGUUUUCAAUUGCCAGAUGGGUAGAGGAAGGACAACCACAGGUACGGUAAUUGCUUGCCUUUUGAAACUCCGAAUUGACUAUGGGAGACCUAUCAAAAUCCUGGUUGACAAUAUUACCCUUGAAGAGGUGGAUGGUGGUAGCUCAAGUGGUGACGAAACUGGAGGUAGUAGUGUUGCAGCAACCUCCAGUGUUACAAAUUUUAGAAAUGAAAAGGAGCAAAGCCGUGUAUUCGGCAUGAAUGACAUCCUCUUGUUGUGGAAAAUAACAAGAUUAUUUGAUAAUGGGGUGGAAUGCCGGGAGGCCUUAGAUGCUAUUAUAGAUAGAUGUUCUGCUCUACAGAACAUACGUCAAGCUGUUCUGCAUUACAGAAAGGUAUUCAAUCAACAACAUGUGGAGCCAAGGGUAAGGAGGGUGGCACUAAAUCGUGGUGCUGAGUACUUGGAGCGCUACUUCCGUUUAAUUGCUUUUGCAGCAUACUUAGGAAGUGAAGCAUUUGAUGGAUUUUGUGGGCAAGGAGAAUCUAGGAUGACGUUUAAGAAUUGGUUGCAUCAGAGACCAGAGGUUCAAGCAAUGAAAUGGAGCAUAAGACUAAGACCUGGACGCUUUUUUACUGUCCCUGAGGAGUUGAGAGCACCACAUGAGUCCCAACAUGGAGAUGCUGUCAUGGAGGCCAUUGUCAAGGCCCGUAAUGGUUCUGUUUUGGGGAAAGGUUCUAUACUUAAAAUGUAUUUCUUUCCAGGUCAAAGGACGUCUAGUCACAUUCAAAUCCAUGGUGCACCACAUGUUUAUAAGGUGGAUGGAUAUCCUGUGUAUAGCAUGGCUACACCAACAAUUCCUGGUGCCAAAGAGAUGUUGGCAUAUUUAGGUGCCAAACCCAAGGCAGAAGGAUCUGCUGCUCGGAAAGUGGUUUUAAUUGAUCUGAGAGAAGAAGCAGUUGUCUACAUUAAUGGCACACCAUUUGUCCUACGGGAGCUAAACAAACCUGUUGAUACACUCAAGCAUGUGGGAAUCACAGGCCCAGUGGUGGAACACAUGGAAGCACGACUAAAAGAAGAUAUACUAUCUGAGGUCAGGCAGUCUGGUGGCCGUAUGCUUUUACACCGUGAAGAAUAUAGCCCGGCAUUGAACCAGUCCAGUGUCAUAGGAUACUUAGAAAACAUCUUUGCAGAUGAUGUUAAGACACCGGCUGAAGUAUAUGCCGCUCUGAAAGAUGAGGGUUAUAAUAUUGCAUACAGGAGAAUACCAUUAACUAGAGAAAGAGAGGCUUUAGCGUCUGAUGUGGAUGCAAUUCAAUACUGCAUAGAUGACUCUGCAGGGUGUUACCUUUUUGUAUCACACACAGGGUUUGGAGGAGUUGCAUAUGCAAUGGCUAUUAUUUGUAUCAGAACUGGUGCAGAAACAAAUUCCCUACCAAAGGAUCCACAACCAUUGGUUGGAACAAACCUCAUGUGUACACCUGAAGAGGAUUUGCCUUCUCGAGCUUCUGAUGAAGAAGUUCUGAGGAUGGGUGACUACCGGGACAUACUAAGCCUUACAAGAGUUCUUGUGUACGGCCCUAAGAGCAAAGCAGACGUUGACAUUGUUAUUGAAAGGUGCGCAGGCGCGGGACAUCUGCGAGAUGACAUUCUUUAUUAUAGUAAGGAACUCAAAAAGUUCCCUGAUGCUGAUGACGAGCAACGAGCAUAUCUCAUGGACAUGGGGAUCAAAGCAUUAAAGCGUUACUUUUUCCUUAUCACAUUUAGGUCCUACCUUUACUGCACUUGUGCGGCUGAUAUAAAGUUCACAUCAUGGAUGGACGCGAGGCCUGAACUAGGACAUCUAUGUAAUAACCUUAGGAUUGAUAAAUGAGUGUAAAAUAAAUUUUUGUGCAGUUGGCAAUACAUUGCCAGUCAUGAUUUUCAUCUCUCCCUUGUUUUGUCUCUGAUCGUAUCACCCUGCAGUGGCAUCACUGGUAUGCAUGCAAGUGGUCGAUAGCCCUGUGGUGGUUUGGGCCUUCGAAUUUGUCCCACUGCACCUGUUUCAAAACUUUCCCCCUUAAAACUAGUGUGCAGUCCUGAAUGAUACGAUAUAAAACGAUCUGGCAUUCAAUUUCAGCCUUAGGCUCUGAAUGCUGGGCAAAUUUAAGAGGUUAUUUCAGUUGUGCACAUGCAUAGGGAUGACGAAAGUCCCUGAUCCAAGGGAGAAGGGAGUGUUUAGAACUCGGGAACGGCUUCUGUGCUAGUUUUUGAAGAGUAAAUCAGGAUGCUUAUAUUGAGGCUGAUGCAUGCAUCAUGUAUGUGACAUUAUUAUCUCAUGAAAUUCCAAUGCAUAAUGCCUUUGAUA